UUCCUAUGUAAAUGCCGAAUCGUGGCUUGGUAAGCUCUUUCGCUUGAAAGGUGCAAAUGAGCUUUGUGAGGACAUUGCUUAUAAGCUAGGGUUCAUAGUUUGCUUGGAAAUUUAAGAGAAUAUGGAGAGUCCAUAUAUGUUUUUGUUGGUGGCACUGAUAUUAGUUUCCUCUAAUAUUCACCGUGUUCAAGCUAACCGUGUUCAAGCUCAAAAAGGGUUCAUCAGCUUAGACUGCGGGUUGUCCCCUAAUGAACACUCUCCUUAUACCGAGCCUGUGACUGGAUUAAAGUUCUCAUCAGACUCGAGCUUCAUCCAGAGUGGAAAAAUUGAUAGAAUUGAUCCAAAGCUUGAAUCGGGGUACCCAAAGUCAAAGACAACGUUAAGAUACUUUCCAGACGGAAUACGAAACUGUUACAGUCUUAGCGUGCAUCAGGGAACAAAUUAUUUGAUCAGAGUUACAAGUAACUAUGGGAACUACGAUGGUCUUAACAUUCCUCCUAGAUUUGAUUUGUACAUAGGCCCUAAUUACUGGGUAACAAUAGAUUUGGCCAAGCGUGUAAACAGUGAUAAAUGGGAGGAGAUCAUUCACUUCCCAAAGUCAAACUCUUUGGAUGUGUGUCUUCUUAAAACAGGUACUUCAACGCCAAUCAUAUCUUCCUUGGAACUAAGGCCUCUACCAGAUAACACUUACACCACUGAAUCAAGUUCCUUGAAGUCGAUACUGAGGUUCGACCUAACCGAAUCAACAAAAGUCAUACGGUACCCAAAUGAUAUCUUCGAUCGAAUAUGGGAUACACAUUUUGAGCCCCAAUGGACGCAGAUUUCCACUGUUCUUGAAGUCAACAUCUCCAAUAGAUAUUCUGUUCCCAAAGAUGUUCUCAUGACCGCGGCAAUACCUGCAAAUGCUAAUGCCCCUUUUAGUUUCACCAAGAAUCUUGAGUUCCCGAACGAUAAACUUUACAUGUACUUCCACUUCGCUGAGGUCCAAGCCUUACAGGCCAACCAGAUUAGAGCGUUCACGAUUUUUUGGAACAGAAAGACUAUUUUUCGACCUUUGAGCCCUAUGUAUCUUAAGGACUACACUGUUUUCACAUAUACGCCAUCUUCUUGUGAAGUAGGGAAAUGCUUAUUAGAGAUUAAAAGAACUCAGACCUCAACUCUCCCACCUCUACUUAGCGCCAUCGAAUUUUUCGCAGCAAUCAAUUUUACAGAGUCUGAAACAAACGAAGAUGACGUGAUUGCUAUGAAAAACAUCAAAGCCACCUACGGAUUGAGUAGAAUCUCGUGGCAAGGAGAUCCAUGCGUCCCUCGACAAUUUUUGUGGGACGGUCUAGGUUGCACCGACACGAACGUGUCUACCCCACCUAGAAUCACUUCCUUAAACUUGUCUUCAAGUGGGUUAACAGGAAGCAUAGCACCUGGAAUUCAAAAUCUUACCAAUCUCCAAAAUCUGGACUUGUCAAAUAACAAUUUGACAGGAAAGGUGCCUGAAUUUUUAGCUAACAUGAAAUCGUUGUUGGUCAUAGACUUGAGAAACAACAAACUGGAUGGUUCAAUUCCAAAUCCUCUACGUGAUAGAAGCAAUACAGGACUACAGUUAUUUGUUGAUGGUAAUGGUAUGUGUUUAUCCAGUUCAUGUGUCCCAGACAAGAAAUUCCCAGUGAUGAUUGUUGCAUUAGCUUCUUCUGCGCUUCUGGUCGUUGCAGUGGUACUGAUUCUCUUUUUUAUGUACAUAAAGAAAAAGCGGUCAAGUCUAGGUUUGCCACCAAUGCGUGUUAAAUCAACUAGUAUAUCCGGACAAUCGAUUGAGACACAAAGGAGAAGGUUUACUUAUUCAGAAGUUGUGGAAAUGACGAAAAACUUCCAAAAAACUUUGGGUGAAGAAGGGUUUGGAAUCAUGUAUCAUGGUUAUUUGAAUGGUUCAGAGCAAGUAGCUGUUAAAUUUCUCUCACAAUCAUCAUCACAGGGUUAUAAACACUUCAAGGCAGAGCUACAAUAUGUCGAACUUCUUCUAAGAGUUCACCACGUAAAUCUGGUGAGCCUUGUUGGGUAUUGCGAUGAAGGAGAUCAUUUGGCGCUCAUCUACGAAUGCAUGUCCAAUGGAGACCUAAAAGAUCAUUUGUCAGGAAAGCAUGGUCAAUCUGUUUUGAAAUGGAGCACUAGACUACGGAUAGCUGUUGAUGCUGCGCUAGGAUUGGAAUACUUGCAUUAUGGAUGCCGACCAUUGAUAGUGCAUAGAGAUGUCAAAAGUACCAAUAUACUAUUAGACGAUCAGUUCAUGGCCAAAAUUGCGGAUUUUGGGCUUUCAAGAUCGUUCCUACUCGGAGAAGAAUCACAGGCUUCAACCGUUGUUGCUGGUACUCUUGGAUAUCUUGACCCCGAAUACUAUAGCACAUGUCGGUUGUCUGAGACAAGCGAUGUAUAUAGUUUUGGGAUUUUAUUACUAGAGAUAAUCACAAACCAACCUGUGAUUGACCAUGCCCGCGAAAAGGCUCACAUUACAGAAUGGGUGGCAUUUGUGCUUAAGGAAGGAGAUAUCUCUAGGAUUGUUGAUCCUAACCUUCAUGGUGAAUACAACUCCCGUUCUGUUUCGAGAGCCCUUCAAUUGGCUAUGAUAUGCGCAAACCCUUCAUCAGAGAAACGACCAAACAUGUCACAGGUUAUAACUGAAUUAAAAGAGUCUAUAACUGAAAACUCGAUGAAAUGUAUUGACAAAAUGGAUUCUAAUAGUUCUCUGGAACUGAGCUCAAGCUUUGAUACCAAGGUGGUCCCUAGUGCAAGGUAGUAUUUGCAUAGACACCUUGCUUCAUUUGCUUGUAUUGAUAUAUUUGUGCUUGUGGUAUUGUUCUUUGGUCUGGAGUGAUUAGUU